AUGUCGUUCCCCUCAACAUAUGCGGCCUUCAGGCGCACUGCGGGUGCACUACCUCGAACUAUUGAGCCGUCGACAGAAGUGCUUCAAGUGGAUCUCAGCUCCCAUGAGGUGCUUAUCAGAAUCCAUGCCGUCUCCCUCAAUUUCCGUGAUGUGGGUAUGUUACAUGGGAGGUACCCGGUUGAGGUUGAGGAUCGCGGUAUACCGUGCUCGGACUGUGCCGCCGAGGUAGUAAAGACCGGACCAGCUGUCGAAGGCAUCUCUGUUGGUGACCAUGUCUCACCGAUAUGUGACCUCGGUAAUCUCACGGGGAAUGACGACACACCAAUCAACGCUCUUGGUGGGGAUACUGCUGGUGUUCUCCGUGAAUAUGCUGUCUAUGAAGACAGAUAUUUAGUCAAGAUUCCCGACUAUCUAUCAUGGGAGGAGGGCUCCACGUUGGCUUGUGCUGGGCUUACGGCUUGGACUGCGCUCGACGCACUGCCUGAAUCGUCUAAAACUGGCAGCGCUCUCUUACAAGGCACUGGUGGUGUAAGCAUGUUCGCAGUUUUACUCUGCGAAGCUGCUGGUCUUCAGUCCAUAAUCACGUCCUCUUCUGACGCGAAGAUCGAAAGCAUUAAGAAGCUGGGAUCACGAGUCGAGGGUAUCAACUAUAAGACCACGCCUGAUCAAGCAGCACAAGUUCAAGGUCUUACAAACGGUAGGGGUGUUGACAUCGUCAUCAAUAACUCAGGACCUGGGUCUAUCCCACAUGAUAUCGGACUCCUACGUAGGAGAGGUGGCACUGUGUCUCUUGUAGGCUUCCUGGCGGGCUACGCAACAGAGUGGGAGCCAUCAGCCAUCAUGGCACUGAUGGGGAAGAGCGCCAAAUUGAAGGGAAUCACGGCAGGCUCAAAGAGAGAUUUCCAAAAUCUCUGCCAAUUUUUAGAAGAGAAGAAGGUCGCCAUCAGCCCAAUUAUUGACCGUAUCUUCUCUUUCCAUGAGUCAAAGGAUGCUUUCAACUACCUCUACUCGGGAAAGCACAUAGGCAAGGUUGUUAUCAAGAUAUGA